AGUCAAUGCAACCGGGCCGGCGCGACCUCACUUUCCUUCCUCUCCUGUACUAACAUCAACAUUACCCCCUGUCACCGUUACGGCUCAGUUGUCAUCCACAGGGCGCGCAGCGCAACUUCCAAGCCUUCUUUUCUUCUCAACACCAUUUCCCUCUCAAGUUCAACACUUCCUUCAUUUUCACCGUGUCCUGAUAAACUACCUAUCUUGAACCAACCAACUCCCACUAGUGCUUGCACCGCCCACACAUCCGCGAUGAUCCCCGCAGCCGACCUACGCACCUGGACCCGGCAGGUUGGCGGGGACACCUUCACCGUGUCGACCGAUCCGUCGCGGAUCCAGCUCGACGCGCUCAACGCCGCCUUCGCGACCGAUAUGCUGUACUGGGCGCGGCCGCUGCCGCUCGACACGCUGCGGCUGUGCGUGGAGCAGUCGCUGUGUUUUGGGCUCUACUGGCAUGUCCCAACGCCGGGGGGAGGGGAGGGAGCUGCGGCGGCGGGUGAGGAUGCGCGGGCGGGUGCUGACCACCCCCCGGCAACCGCCAUGAUCGGCCUCGCCCGCCUGGUGACAGACCACACCACCUUCGCCUACCUGUCGGACGUGUACGUGCUGCCGGCGCACCAGGGCCGCGGGCUGGGCCGCUGGCUGAUGCAGUGCGUGGACGAGGUGCUGGGGUCGUGGCCGGCGCUGCGGCGGUGCCUGCUGCUGACGGGCACCGCGGCGGCGGCGCGGCUGUACGAGGAGACGAUCGGCGCGCGGGACGUCGGCGUGUCCAUCCCCGCGGGGCCUGGGGGAAGGCGUGUGGGAGGGCUGCGGCUUUUGGAGAGGAGGGGGAAUCCGAGAGCUUUGGGGGCUGGCGAUGGGAAGGGUGAGGGAGAGGAGGGGAAGGACGCACGGUAGUUUAAAAUGGGAGGGAACCAGCCAUUCUUAUUUCAUUAUUUCUCUCUCUCUC